AUGGCAAUUCAGCGUUUUAUCAUUGUGGUGUUUAUUGCCACAACCCUAUUUUCUAUGGCCUCUGCCGUCCCUGGAGUUGCCACAUACUAUACAGUCUAUGUUCCGUCGGCAUGCUAUGGGUUUGAAGACCAAGGCACAAUGAUUGCCGCAGCAAGUGAGGCCCUGUGGAACAAUGGAGCAGUAUGUGGAAGAAGGUACAGAGUUACAUGCACAGGACCGACGAACCAAGGCGUACCACAGCCAUGCAGGGGUGGCAGCGUGACUGUGAGGGUCGUUGAUCGCUGUCCAGGCUGCGCAGCAAAUGGCCUCGAUCUCUCUCUUGAAGCCUUCUCCGCCAUUGCCGAUCCUGCAGCUGGGAGAAUCAAUAUUGACUACGCUGAUCAAGGGGCCGAGGGAUGCGUUCUUGCUAUUUCUGCUUAG